CUCCUCCUCCUCCUCCUCCACCAUCCACCACCAUCCACCCCCCACUCCACCUCUCUCCUCUACGGCAUGGCCACCGCCCCCCCUGGGCAGGCUCACGCCGCAGUCGGAGGCAACCCGGAUCCACCCUACACCUUCUAUUUUCCCCCGGCACCGCCGCCGCCAGAUCCCGACAAGACGCCCACCAAGUUCAUCCCUCGUGUCAUCCUGGGACUGCACCCUAUAGAGAGAGACCCCACUUCAGAGAGCUCGAGGCUAGCGGAUGCCAUCUCAGGCAGCCCGCCCACCCAUGCUGCCGUCACCGCUGCAAAGUUGCUGGAUGAUAUCAAUGCGAUAGAACAGGGCCUCUUGAAGGACGGCACUGGCCGAUGGCAUCCUACCCUCUACACCAUGGACACAUCAUCAGAAGUUCAUCAAUCUGCGGAGAAGAUCCGGGACUCGCAGCAGAUUACUGGGCUCUUCGCGAACAUCAACGAGGCAGUGAAAGCCAAGAAACACGAGAAGGACAUCGUGAGGAUCAUCUGCCAAAUAGGCGAUGCGGUGCGCAGGCAAUUGCAGCCCACAGGAGCGGGUGAUGACCAUCGACCGCAAUCGGACUAUGGGCGAUUCGUUCGAAUGGAAAAUGUCAAGAUGGACAACGACGCGGCGGAUCCUGAGGUCAACAAGGUCGACAUAUUUGUACGGGGAAGCAAGCCCUCGAACGGCAAGACCAAGAACCACUGGUCGAACGUCGUUGCAUUCAUAGAGGUCAAGAGGAGAAACUGGCAAGAACUGUUGGAGACGACCGCCCUGCAGUGCUUGCGUUAUGCACGUAAGAUGUGUCAGUACCGUGUAGUCACCUCUCACAUUCACUAUGUGACAUGGUGUGGAAACAGAUUGCGGCUCUGGUACCUGGAUGCAGUCCUCUUUGGCUGCUCUCGACCUUUUGACACUCGGGACUCCCUGGAUCAGAUUGAGAUCGUGAAAAUCUUGCGCCUGUUAUGCCUGCAGGAACAUUCCGCGAUCCUGACCGGUCACUGGGAUGUUGCGGCCCAGCGUGAACUGCAAAUCGAGGCCAACGAAGCGGCUAAAGUCACAGCACGCACAAUUCAAAUCUCAAAGGGACUGCAACCGCUCUAUGUACGCUAUGGACCUUUCCGAACCCGUACUGCCGUCUUUGCUGAUCACGUCGACGACGCGGAUCAAAUCGAUGACUUCGGCAAGGUUAAGGUGACCAUGGUCAAAGCAUCCUGGGUAGCACCGCAUCUGGUGCCACACGAGUUGAUGAUUUUAAAACACAUCCAACGAAAGAAGAGGUUGCGGAGAAACUUACCACUCCUGCCGAUACCGAUUGGCUUGGCACAGGUACCAGCUGACUUUCAGCGAGCCACCUCACAGAAGACGAGACCACGUUCCGGCUUCCCAUUCCCCGCUCGGGCUAUCUGUUCCCUGGUGACCCAGCAGCAUCUUGGCUAUCCCAUACCGAUAGAUGUCUCCCCGCCUCGACUUGCAAGACUUCACAAGCAGUUUGCGGAACAGCUCUUCAUCCUGGCAAAAGGAGGCGUUCAUUACCGCGAUGUCAGUAAUGGCAACAUGCGCAUCCUUCGUGGUACCGACGACACGCUCCUGAUCAUAGACCUUGGAAACGCGAGACUGGGUAUGAGGCCCCGAGGACAUGCACCAAUUUCGGACGCCGAAGCCACAAUUGACGGAGCCAUAGACGAUACGCGGUCUGCGACUCCAGAGUUUCUGCCCCUGUGCUCCACCAAGGUGAAAAAGGGGCCCAAGAGCUGGAACAUGACGAUGCAAGAUCUGUCGAAGAGCGCCCGACUUCUGUUGGAGAAGACUGGCAAUGGAACUGACAGCUUUCACGAGGGAGUGCGAAACAUGAUCUCGGGCAGCCUUGGCACACUUCGCAAGGCAUUGAAAAUUGCAGCUGUGCACAGUCAUCGUUACAUCGAUGACCUGGAGAGUGCAACAUACCUUCAUAUGUGGCAAAUGGCUCGCAGGUCCGGGAACACCGAUCAAUUUUCAACGAAACUGACGACACAGGGUGAGAAGGAUGUAUUCUGGGAAGAGACUGGACCGCUGAAUACUGUGAGUAGUCCGACAACUGUUUGUGGUGAAUUUAGGCUGACAGUGCUCGCGCUGUUGACUUGUGAUCAUCAGACCAUGGAUAAUUUCUGUCCUGAUGCUAGCGAAGAAUGGAAGUCUCUGAUGCGGGGCUUGCGAGAGACUAUCCACGCGGCUCAGGAACAGCUUCGUCACGAACUUGAGUCUCAAUUUGAGCGCGACGUGCCUCUCUCAGCCUUGAAGACUGCGCUGAAGGACUUGCCAGUGGGUACAGACCGCUGCAAGGAAGUGAAGGACAUUGUCAACCGCCUCUUUGAAGGGAGGGGAUUAGCCAAGAACAAGAUACUCCCCACAGAGGUCAACUGCUUCGAGGAGUGCAUUCGACUCUUGGACGAUGCAGCACGGAAGCUCGAAGACGAACACAAGCAGGAGCGGCAAGCAGUCGAGGAGCGCGAACAAGCAACUGAGGACGAAAAGCGAGCAAAAGAGAAGAUGAAGCGAGCACAACGGGAAAAGAGGCGAGCAAAAGAGGAUAAGAAGCAAGCAGUCAAGAGGUUGAGGGAAGCUGUGGAGGAGAAAAAGCGAGCAAAAGAGGAGAAAGAGCGAGCAAAGAAGAAGAUGAGGCAAGCAGCCGAGGAGGAAAAGCGAGCAGACGAGGUGACGCAAGCUCUUCUGAAGCGGCCGGCGUCACGAGAGGAACCCAGAAGCUCUCCGACGAGGAAGAGGAAGCGAAGGAGAGGCGACUCACGACCUAUACCAUGAUCCUUCACUUGCGAUCCGUACGAUUUAUACCCCUCUUCU